AUGCCACUCAACGCUCGUUCCCCAAUUAUACUACACUACCUCCAGAAUAUCUUCUUGAUUGCACUCUGCGCGGCAUUCACUCCCCUUUUAACCUUUCUAGCCAUUCUCUCCACCCUCAUAUCCCCCUUUACCGAACUCGCCCAGCACAUCAACCACCGUCGAAAAUGGCGCGCGAGAUCUUCCUCCACCUUUCGUCCCCGCACCAUCCUUGUCACGGGAGUCGGAAUGAGCAAGGGACUCAGCAUCGCGCGAUCCUUCUACCGCGCCGGCCACCACGUCAUUGGCGCGGAUUUCGAACCCUACGGCAUACCCGUGUGCGGACACUUCUCGAAAUCCAUUAGGUUUUAUCGCUUGGGGAAACCGUGCGAGAAACAGGGAGCGGCGGGGUAUGUCAAGGAUAUUGUGGAGAUCAUUAGGAAAGAGAAGGUGGAAUUGUGGGUAUCGUGUUCGGGAGUGGCAUCUGCGAUUGAGGAUGGGGAGGCGGCGGAAAGGGUGGAGAGGGAAACGGACUGUGUGGUGGUGCAGUUUGGAGUCGGGUUGACGGAGACGUUGCAUGAGAAAUACUCGUUUGUUAAGCAUACCAUGAAUUUGGGUUUAAAUGUACCGCUCACAUAUAAGGUUAAUUCGACAAAGGAAGCUUUGGCGAUUUUACAUCCGAAGAAGGGGGCAAGAGUCGAUGCACAAUUUAUCAUGAAGCCAGAAAUGGUGGAUGAUAGUGUUCGAGCAGAUAUGACCCUACUCCCACUCCAAUCAUUUCCCGAGACGGAAGCUCAUAUCGAAAGACUCAGCCCCUCGAGUACCAGACCAUUCGUGCUCCAACAAUAUAUCGCAGGGAGAGAAUACUGCACUCAUAGUAUUGUUCUCAAGGGGAAGAUCCACGCAUUUGUCGCCUGUCGUUCUUCGGACAUGUUGAUGCACUACAAAGCUCUCCCCCCAUCAUCGGCUCUCUCGCAAGCAAUGCUUCACUACACCACUCUAUACGUCCAGAAAACAUCCUCUUCAUCCCCCAUCACCGGUCAUUUCUCCCUUGAUUUCCUCGUCAACGAACGGAUUGCCGAGAAUGCUGAGAGGGCUUUCAAGGUAUCAAAUGCAGAAAUCGAGAAACUCCAGAAAGAACUUUUCCCCAUUGAAUGCAAUCCCCGCGCACAUACCGCCGUGGUCCUCCUCAACGACCAAGCGGAAAACAUGGCAGAAGCAUACGUGACGCUCCUACCCGACCACGACAAUAACGAGGUCUUCAGUGGAGGACGUCUUGCAAGUGAACGCGAACCACUAGUACCUAGUAAAGACAUGGUCAACACGGGCUAUUAUUGGAUCGGCCAUGAUUUUGUGACGAAAGUCCUCCUCCCAAUAUUAGAAGUUCUCCGGUUAGAGAAAGGGAUUGGGGGUUUGAUUGGGGAGUGGAUGGAAUUUGUGAAACUUGUGAUGCAAUGGCAAGAUGGCACAUAUGAGAUUUGGGAUCCUUGGCCAGCCUGGUGUUUGCCGGGCCGUAAAUUGCGAGAUUUGGGGGAUACUGUAGAGUGGUGGGAUUUGCGAGUUGUAUAA